CCGGAGUGAUUCAUCAUCGCGGUAGUAGAGGAUCUUGGUGCAGCCAGCGCUCAUGCCUGCUGUGCUCUGUGGCUCUGGGAGGAGGAGGAUGGACGGUGUGUCGUUAGGACACUGCCUCUCAUGUCUUACCAGUCUGGUGUCCACACCGGCCUCACCACGUCCAAGCUGCACCACGGACUCGGAGGAGGACAUGGUGAAUGGAGGGAUGCACACCUUCAACCAGACUCAUAUGAGGAAAGCUUUCCAGCUGAUGAAUGAACUGAGGAGUAAACAGAUGCUGUGUGAUGUCCAGCUGGUCGCAGGGAGCGUUGAAGUGCCAGCUCACAGGGUGGUCCUGGCCUCCUGCAGCCCCUAUUUUUGUGCCAUGUUCACAGGCGAUAUGAGUGAGAGCAAGGCCCAUCAGGUGGAGAUCAGAGCGGUUGACGGUCAGACGCUGAGAAAACUGGUCGAUUACAUCUACACGGCUGAGAUUGAAGUCACAGAGGACAACGUCCAGGUCCUGCUGCCUGCAGCGAGUCUCCUGCAGCUGAUGGAUGUUCGUCAGGUCUGCUGCGAGUUCCUUCAGUCUCAGCUUCACCCCACCAACUGUCUGGGCAUCAGAGCAUUUGCUGACCUGCACACAUGCACACAGCUUCUCAGUCAGGCCCACGCAUAUGCUGAGCAGCAUUUCACAGAGGUGGUGCAGGGGGAGGAGUUUCUGGGCCUUACUCUGCAGCAAGUGUGCAGCCUCAUAUCCAGUGACAAACUCACAGUCUCCACGGAGGAAAAGGUAUUUGAGGCUAUGAUUUCUUGGAUCAAACAUGAUAAACCAGCUCGUCUAGAGUUUAUGCCCAAACUGAUGGAGCAUGUCAGACUUCCACUGCUGUCCAGGGAUUACUUAGUGCAGAUUGUGGAGGAAGAGGCUUUGAUAAAGAACAACAACACCUGCAAAGAUUUUCUGAUCGAAGCAAUGAAGUAUCACCUGCUGCCAGCAGACCAGCGGCACCUCAUCAAAACAGACCGGACCCGACCAAGAACACCCAUCAGCAUCCCCAAGGUGAUGAUUGUAGUCGGCGGUCAGGCUCCUAAGGCAAUUCGCAGUGUGGAAUGUUACGACUUCCAAGAUGAUCGCUGGUACCAAGUUGCCGACCUUCCUUCAAGACGCUGCCGUGCAGGUGUCGUGUCCAUGGUGGGCAGCGUGUAUGCAGUCGGCGGCUUCAACAGUUCGCUGCGAGAGCGGACGGUGGAUGUGUACGACGGCGGCAGAGACCAGUGGACUGCUGCGGCGAGCAUGCAGGAGAGACGCAGUACACUAGGAGCCGCUGUACUCGGGGAUUUACUGUACGCUGUGGGCGGCUUUAACGGAAGUAUAGGUUUGUCCACAGUCGAAUCCUACAACUAUAAAACCAACGAGUGGACGUACGUAGCCUCCAUGAACACCCGACGCAGCAGUGUUGGUGUAGGCGUGGUCGAUGGUAAGUUGUAUUCAGUAGGAGGCUAUGAUGGAGCGUCCCGUCAGUGUCUCAGUACAGUGGAGGAGUACGACCCCGUCACGGACCAGUGGUGCUACGUAGCUGACAUGAGCACACGACGAAGUGGAGCAGGUGUGGGUGUGUUGUGCGGUCAGCUGUAUGCAGCAGGAGGACACGAUGGACCUCUAGUGAGGAAGAGUGUCGAGGUUUACCACCCACAGACCAACACAUGGAAACUUGUCUGUGACAUGAACAUGUGUAGGAGGAAUGCAGGUGUUUGUGCCAUUAAUGGACUGCUGUACGUGAUUGGGGGAGAUGACGGCUCGUGUAACCUCUCCUCAGUAGAGUUUUACAACCCUGCCAUUGAUAAGUGGAGUCUCAUUCCCACCAACAUGAGCAACGGACGAAGCUAUGCAGGGGUUGCAGUGAUUGACAAGCCGUUAUGACUGCAGGCGUCGCAGAGCCUCAGCUUUGCGUCUACAUCCAGUGACUCACAGGAGAAGUAAUAAACUCCACGCUCUCAAUCCUCAGCUCACAGAUGGACCGCGACGAGGGGGCAGGGGGGAGGGCGGAGGGGCAUAUGGCGCUCACCCACGACCCGAUUCUGUUGCCCCCCCCGAGCCACUUCCUUUACAGACCCUCGAGAUCUCUUCUGCUGCACUAGAUACAAGAAGCAAUAGCUGCAGGAGAGCAGGUUUAAAGUGACAUUGUCUUAGUGAGAAGUUGUUUUUUUUUGUCUUCACAUGCCAAGCACAUAAGCAGCUGUAUCAGCUGAUAGAAGACUUCCACAGACGCUGACUUUAGUGAAGAGCUUCACCUGUGAUGGACUGCUUUAUAACACCAGCUCAGUCACAUGACUGCACAACCAUCGCGGUUUGUUACGUUUCAGGAAGACUGUCCUGGAAGUGAGCCAAUCUUUUUUUAAUAUACAUAUAUGUGAUGAGACUUUGAACCGUUGCUACAAUAUAAAGAGAGAGUCUGAGAAAAGCACCAAGCAAACUGAGUUCUGUGCCGACCGUUCUCAACCCAAGGACCUAGAGAGCUGCAAGAUCUUUUAAAGAAUGUUGAAAGCAUAUCUUAUAUGCAAAGUUAAUGUCAUAUUUAAUAUUUUUUGGGAUUGUCUUCAGAGUCUGAAAAGUCAUUUCUGCGGCUUCAGAGAUCCCAGACUGGACCUGGAUCAAAGCAGACGGGAGUCGCGGUGCCUUCAAACGGGACAAAUUUAACAAUUACCAACUCCAUACGACUAAAAUUGCAAUAUAUUACUUUUUUCAUUAACUUUCUGCCACACACAAUUCUGAACUCCUCCGCUUUCCCCCUAUUCUUUUCAGUCAGCUACGGUGGCCCGCGCACACCAUAAAGGAUGUAAACACACUUUCUCACAACGUUCUCCUCGCUUGCAAGCGACCGCUAACGGUUAACGCUGCAGACAAAGAGGACAACCAAUGCCAAUCAUGACAUGGUGCGUUCCAUUCAGAACUUGUGAGUGGACCGUGUUCCAAACUAGAAGUCGUUACAGUUACAGAUACAGUCACACAGUGUAAGACAAAGUUAAGUAACUUAUUUAGUAACAAAUAAGUGUAAGUAACGGUAAAAGUAGCCGAGUGUCAUAAACACACUCAAACCAGUCAAAACCCUUGCAAAUUUGGGAUUAGAUUAGAGUUUUUUUGACCUGUGGAAACGUCUUAUUAGACCAGAGUGGACUCACAGACAUGGAUGCACAAAUCCCUUUAAACACCCUAAAAUGUAACAGGGCUCGUAAAAAAAACAAAACCACAGUAGAAACUCGACUCCUGUUUGAAGGCACCACUGAUUGUUGGUGAUCACACUACUGAUGCACUCAACACUUGCACUGACUGAUGUGGACUCACUCAUUCACUCACUCACUCUAACUGAGGAGGAACUGGAAAACUGACCUGCUGACAGAUUUGUUCUCGUUUAAAGUCGACACUUUCAUCAGAGAUUGUAAAAGAAAAGUGCCAGUUAUUAUGAUCAGAAUCAGUAAAGUUUGUUUUUUUAAAGUCACUGUUUCUGCUCUGUAGAAAUUAUAUUGUAAGAAAAAAACUGCAGGUUUAAGAUUUUGUAUUUAUUAUUUGGUUCCAGUUGAUAAUAGAGCAUUUAUUUUUUUUUUUUUUAAAUGUUAUUUCAUUUUCUCUUCCAGAUAACGUCACAUUCAUUCAAAUGACGUUGGGAUUAUUUUAGAUGUAGCGUAUGCCGCAGACUGAUUGGUGCUAUAGCUUUAAUUCUGUGAAGAAAUGACAUUUUAUUGAAGGUUUUUGAUGGAGUUAUUCUUUUCUUUAUUCUCAGCCAAUAUUUGUCUUCAAUCUUCCAGAAAAAUCACAAAACAAUGACAAUAACCUGCUGCCAUUUUCAAAGCCCCCCCCAACAAAGCAGUAUAUUAAACCCUUUAUAGAUUA